GCAGCUUCCCCGCCCAACAUCUCAGCGAGCUAGGUGAGGAACACGAACCAGCCUGAGUUUACACAGGUCAACAGGUCCUUGGAAAAUACCUAAUUCAUUAAUAGUUACUUAGUGAAUUGGUUUGCUAUGAAGUUGCCUAACAGUAAUGCCAACAGCCAUGCCUCCGCAGAUGUUACCGACUCGCAGUUGGGAGCUCCUACUUUCAGAAACCCUUUCGUUUACGAAUUAAAACUCACAGCAACAGAGAAAAUCAAGAUGGCGGUGAUGUCGGUGACGGUGUUCCCAGUGCGCCUGCUGGCGACGGCAUCCCUCAUGCUGUUGGCCUGGCCCUUCGCCCUGGCCGCCUCCCUCGGCCGCACCCCCUUCACCCUGGAGACGCAGUCCCUCUGGAGGAGGUGUGUGGACCUGGCCCUGAGGGCCAUCAUGCGGGCCAUGUGGUUCUGUGGAGGGUUCCACUGGAUCAGGGUGAAGGGGGAGCGGGCGUCUCCCUCCCAGGCUCCCAUCCUCACCCUGGCGCCACACUCCUCUUACUUCGACGCCAUCCCCGUCACCAUGACAAUGGCCUCCAUCGUCGCCAAGGCGGAAAGCAAGAGCAUCCCGGUGUGGGGAACUCUGAUUAACUUCAUCAGGCCUGUGUUUGUGUCGAGGGCAGACCCAGACUCCAGGAGGAACACUGUGGAGGAGAUCAAACGCAGGGCACAGUCUGGGGGGGCGUGGCCUCAGAUAAUGAUCUUCCCAGAGGGAACAUGCACCAACAGGUCCAGCCUCCUCAGAUACAAGCCUGGGGCCUUCAUCCCAGGAGUUCCAGUCCAGCCGGUGGUGUUGCGCUACCUCAACAAACUGGAUACAAUCACCUGGACAUGGCAGGGACCUGGAGCGUUCAAGAUCUUGUGGCUGACACUGUGCCAGUUCCACAACCCCAUGGAGCUUGAGUACCUGCCCGUCUACACCCCUUCAGAGGAGGAGAGGAAGGACCCAGCUCUGUUUGCCAACAAUGUCAGACUCAUCAUGGCCAAGGCACUGCAGCUGCCACUCACAGAGCUGUCCUUCGACGACUGCCAGCUCAGCAUAUCACAAGGCCUGCUGCAUAUCCCUAGCAACAGCAGCCUGCUGGAGUUCAACAGACUGGUGCGCCUGCUGAGGCUGCAAGGGGGGACAACAGAUGCUGUGUUGCAGCAGCAGGCCAGCAGAGCCAGGAAACUGUGUGGAGACAGGCUGGGUCUGGAAGACUUCGCCCUCUACCUUAACCUGCCUUUGUCUGAGGCAGUCAGACAGCUGCACCACCUCCUGGACCAGCGAGGAGAGGGGGCGGUAGACGUCAGACUGUAUGUGGUAGCUCUCUCCGUAGUGUGCCGACCCUCCAGGAGCAUGGACACCCUCAGACUGGCCUUCAGGAUGUUUGAGGCUGAGGAGGCCGGGGUGAGGGAGGAGGAUCUGGAGGCUGUGUUGAGCGCCGCAUUGGGGGUGAGAGUGGAUGCCUGCCGGCUGGUCGCUGCCAUGGAGACUACCACCGGCAAGAUCACCUACGAUGAGCUGCAACAUUUUGCAGAACUACACCCCAACUUCUGCCAGCGUUACCUCUCCUCCUCCCCUCCCCCCCCCCAGACCAAUGGCUUCACCAGAGCCCAGAGGAGGAAACAGGACUGAGAAACUCUUGGUGGGCAGGGAUGGGGGGUCAGAGUUACUGUUCCCUGUUUAGCCACCCAGAGGACCACUUCUCCAGAGCAGCACACUGCCUCAGGGAAUUCUGGACCAGAUCACAUUUACAUAUUUUUUCUAACAUAAUAAGUCUGUAGAGAUAACCGAUAUAGACAGAGUCUGGAACGGGUCAUCAAAUAGAUGUAACUUUUUGUUGUUAUGUGUGUGUGUUCGUUGAAACACAUUUUAAGUGGUAUUAGCCCUGAGUUUUAAUGAGAUUGUAUCGUCUUUCUGUGGUCUCACAAAAACAGGUAAUUUAUUGUUGUUUAUCUUUCAGGAUAUCCAGAGUUUAACUACAGGAGAGUAAUAGUUUGGUGGGAAAUAAUGGUUAAUAUUCUUAUUAUAUACUAACAGUGUUUCUGCUUGGCCACUUCCAACUUAAUACAUUUUAAUAAUACAAUUUAUAA